GAUAAAGUCUAAUAUUUGAGUCAUAAAGAUCACUACUACAUGUGCGAUGUUAAAAAUUAAAAUGGAAAAAAAAAAAAAAGUGAUUUCAAAGUUUGAGUGCAUUAUUCCUUUAUGUUUUAUUUUAUUGUGGACUAAUGCUCAAUAGUUUUACUCUUAGCAAAACAGCACCACUUGUUUUUGUAUUUUACAAAAUAGCCCCUCUCUUUCAUUUUCCGUCCUCAUUUCUUCUUCCUCCCACCGUCAAUUUCACUCGUUAUUGUCUCCUCGGUUCUCACUCCUUCGGUCGCCGACGAAUUCUGCGAUAAGUGGUCAAUGAGGAUUCUAUGGGGCUGUGCAAUCGGAAGUGCAAUUGGUUUAUACAUGGUUGCUGUAGAAAGGCAAACCCAGAACAGGGCACGUGCUUUGGCUGAAGGUUUGGGUGCUGCAGAAUCAUCACAAGGCGAUGGUGAUAGUGUCUGAAUCUACUCAAGACUCUCUCUCUCAGAUGAUGUCAAAGUUGAGUUUUUUUUCUUUUCUUUUAUAUGAUAAUAAAAGAUUGUGUUGGUGUAGUUUCUUGUUGGCAAUAAUCCUAGAAACGGUUUUCGAAACUUGCUAAACAUACAAUUUGUGUUAAUCGAAAAAGCCUCUUUACUUUUCUCUCCAUGUCAUGCUAUGUUUGUGAAUCAAUUUUUUCAUGCGUGUUUUCAGCGAGGCAUUUUGCGUUUUACGGGAUGUGUAUUCUUUUGAAUUAUAAGUCUCACUUCCUUAUAAAAACCAUGACGGGUUCUUUAUUCGGAAAUGUACAGCAGGAAUCAACUUAUUUUCUAGAAAAGAAAGAAAAAAAAAUGGCACAGGGACACCAAGGCAAAUGCUUUGGGUUCGUCCUGUUACUAUGCUUCUUCAGUUCAACUUUCGCACGCAGGAUUCUUAAGGAUCUCCCUAUGAUGGAGCACACCAAGCUACACCUAAACCAUGAAGUGAAGCCUGGGAUGGUUAGUUUGAGCCAGCAAGAUCAUGAGUUGUUGAAUGUUGAACCUGAUCCCAAAGCCAAGCCUGACCAUAAGCUGCAGUCCGAGUGGGGUUUACCACCAGAGCCAGAAGAGCCUGAUCACGUAGUAAAGCCUAAUGAGAAAGAAAAGCAGGAUCACAUAGUAAAGCCUGUUCGCGCAGUAAAGCCUGAUGAUAAAGAAAAGCAGGAUCACAUAGUAAAGCCUGUUCACGCAGUAAAGCCUAAUGAAAAAGAAAAGCAGGAUCUCAUGGUAAAGCCUGUUCACGCAGUAAAGCCUAAUGAAAAAGAAAAGCAGGAUCUCAUGGUAAAGCUUGUUCACGUAGUAAUGCCUGAUGAUAAAGAAAAGCAGGAUCACAUAGUAAAGCCAGUUCUCAAAGAAAAGCCUGAUCACAGAGUGCAGACCAUGGCGAGUGGACUAGAAGAUUCUGACCACGCAGUUAAGCCUAUGGGGUUUGGUGAAGGUAGGGGCUAUGGAAGUGGAAAUGGUGUUGGCUACGGCAUUGGUUAUGGCAGUGGAGGCAGUGGCUUUGGAGAAGGAAUUGGGUCAGGUGGAGGAGGCAGUGGCUUUGGAGAAGGAAUUGGGUCAGGUGGUGGUUCAGGUGUUGGCAUUGGGGAAGGGAUAGGAUCCGGGUCUGGCCAACCUAAUUGCGGUCCAGUCACGGGAGCUCCAGGUAGCGGAUUCGGUGAAGGCAUUGGACAAGGUAGUGGUUCAGGGCAAGGGAUUGGUAUCGGUAUAGGACGUGGCUCUAGUGGUGGACCAAGUGUAGUUGUCCCAGGCACAACAAUCCCUCCCAUAGUGGUUCCAGGCACACAGAUUCCCGGUUUUGUGAUUCCAGGAGUGACGGUUCCCGGCUAUGGUUCUGGGUGCCAAACCGGUGGCUGCACCCCAAACGCACCGUAUUACCACCCACCUUCUUACCAACCCUGUCCCCAUUGUCCACCUUUCACUUCGGGACAAGACAAGCACAUGUCAGGCAAAGGACCCAUGACCGAAGCUCUUGCACCCACCUCAAACGAGAUGCACGGUUAAGCUUUGAGUGUCAAUGGAAACACAAAAGUCUAAUAAAUCACUCGUAAUGGUAUACAUAUUUUGGUUUGAAAAAAGCUUCACACUAAGUUGAAUAAUCCAAAGUUAAAUAAGUGAAAUUUAGUUAAGGAAUAGUACUCAUUGACUCCGGACAAGAUUGAGUAAAAGAAGUGUGCAAAUGGUAUUGUAUUUGCAUUUCCAUGGCUGUUUAUA